CAAGAAAUAACGCGACUACGGAGCCAUAGGUGCUUGCUUGCGUUUAGUUGUAUAUCUUGCAUCGAAACUUGUCAUGACUGCAGUGCACGAGAGCUGUACGACUGGCGGUGCAAUGCUGCAGGUGGUGUUCGUCUUGUCUGUCUAAGUGGUUAGAGUUGUACUAAUCAUCAAAACCAUAAUCUUCGUGUAUUGUGCAUGUACGGUACGGUCUGUGGAGGCUCCCGUGAAGAAAACUGGAGGUUGGGAACGUGCUUCCCGCACUCCAUGAGAGCUUUGUGCAUGCAUUCAUGUGCGUGAAAUUGGUGUGUGGGUGUGUGUAUGUGAGUCCGGUUGAUCCAGCAAUGGUUGAUCUUUGCAUUCGUUCCCCUGUCUGCGAAUCGUUGCCCGUCGCCUGGAUCGUUUAGUCUGUGCUGCUCCGGCGUGUGCCAGGUCAGUGCGGUGCGUUCCUGCCUCAGGAGGAGCGGACCACGGCUUCUCUCUGGAGCGCCUUUUUGCGCAACUGUUGCUGGCGUUCUUUUCGUCUCUUGAAGGACUGAACGUAGCUCUUGUAGUAGGAUCGGAUCCGGUCGCGGACCGCCGAAAAGGCACAGUUCUUGAAGAGAUCGGGAUAGCCUGAUGCCGCAGCGUGGUCCAGGAGCUGGGCCGUCAGGCGAUUGUUGUAGUCGCGUUGCUCGAUGGUGUAGUUGCGAGCCGAGAAGGAGAGGUAUUCCUCGCGGUUGCUGAUCAGGAAUUCUUCCAGUUCUAGAAAGCAAAGCAAAAGAAAACAAAGACAGAAGAGGGAUUGGCGUGAGUCGAUGAAAAGGGCGACACCGCAUGAAUUCCCGAACACAAAGUAUCGCUCUGGAGCGUGUGUUUGGUGCCUGUUGUGCUUACCUGGAUACGCCUUCCAUGAAAACUUCUUGCCGGUUUUGUACUGGCGUUUCGUGGCUUUCUUCUUGGCUGCAAUGGUCACCUUCUUGGAUCUGGUGGCACUUCUCUCGGGCUUUCUCUCCCGGCCGGGAAUCACUCCCGGCUUUCGAUUGCGGACCACAACCCCCGAGGACGUUGGGGGUCGUUCGGGUAGAUGGUUGUUCGCCGGCUUCUUCUUGGUGGCCUGGUUCAUUUUGACGUUCAAGAGCAGAGGAGGGAACUCUAGGGGGGAAUGCAUCUGCUGGUGGUCCCUGUUGGUGUUGCUGCCCAUGUUGCUGCCCAUGGAUGCGUCCCCGCCUCCCAGGAAGAGGACCGGGCGGGGCUGGCGGGGAAUGGGGGUGAUGAUUGCCGCAGCCGAAGCCGCGGCUGCCAAUCGGAGUGCCUCGGUUCGCCUCCGCUGGUGUUCCUGUUGGAGCUGCUGCUGCUUCUGCUCGAGAAGCUGCAGCUCCUGGCGGAACAAGGGAUGCUGAAAGCGGGGGAGGUGGCUUCGGGAAGAAACAUUUUCGUGGAUUCCGAGCAGGGAGAGAUCGCGUGAGGGCGAGAGGGGAAGGAGGAGCGGGGAGAGUGCCUCCUUGCUGGCAGAGCCCCCAGAUGCCACCGGAACCAUGUCUUCCCCGGCCAGAGACACCGUUCGGGUCCGCUGCUCCAUGGAGGAAUGUGCCUGGCUGGCUCGGAGCGCAUCGAUGGUGCUGCUGUUGGUAACGCCGGUUUGAAAGCAGCGGUUCGUGGAUCGAGCAAGGGAAGGGGGGGUGGAGGGAGACUUGCUAGAGAGAACCGCCAUCGGUUUCGGGGCCUUGUUGCUCGUGUUUGUGCGAGAGUGUGUGUGUUCCAUGCUUUCGUUGCUUGUGACGCGAAUCAGGUGGCUGCUGCCGUUGGCAUUGGCAUUACCAUUGCCAUUGGCACUAUCGCUGCAAUCUCCAUAGCUGUGAUCAAUGGUGAUGCUCUUGGGGACGAGAAAGGAAGAAGCGCUGCUGGCAUUCAUGCUUUCGGUGGAGUGUGUUCCAAUCGUGCUGUCGCCCCCGGCAACCCGAGAUUCGUGGUUCUUCUCGGAAUUCUUGCGUGCCAUGCACUCAGAGUUGCAAGACAUUUCCUUCGUGACGAGCUUGGAGAGACCCAGGAGCAUCCGAGCGGCAUCAUCGUCGUCUUGGUCUUCGCAAUCGAGAGAUUCGGCCUCUCCCCGGGGAUCCGGGUGGUCCGGGGUCGCCGGACGGGGCGCAUAGCUUGACGGGGGUGGCAUGCUGCUCGCUUUUGGGGGCGAGAACAACUGGGCAGCAACGGUGGCUUGUUGGUGGUGUUCUCGUUCUCGUUCUUGGUGCUGCUUGCGAAGCGUGUCGCAGAUUCGCAGCGCAUUGUCAUAGCUCUGGUCAUUAUGGGGUUGAAGAAACAACCCAUUGUUGUGGAUCACAUGGGCUGUUCGUCUUGGGGAGGUGGGAGCUGCAAAGCAGGGAGGAAGCGUCAUUGUGCUUGUUCUUCUAGAAAUAGACCUUGCUCUUAUCG